AUUAUUUUCUUUUCAAUACAAGUCUGGACGUAUAUUUAUUUUUGGUUUAAUCAUUUGGUAUCUAAAACCUCUGAUUCGAGUAAUUCUAAUUCACGUCGAGUAAGUCGACAAAGGAGGGUAAAGUGAAAGGUUCUUUUAUUUUCGGAGCUCAAUCGAGAUACUCUAAUUAAGUAUGAAGAAAUCUCAACCAUUCCAUGUUGUCUCUACACACAUGUUUCUCCAAACACACUACACAGUGCACAAUUUCACUUCUUAAUACUUAUGUAAAGUAAAACUACAUUACUACAAAAGAGUACCUGUAGUACUACCAGUUGAAGCAUGAGUCGAGAGACUCAAAAAUUGGGGGCUUUUUUUUGAAGUACAGAUCAUGAAUUAUUCCCAGCGUAACUUGGCCAUUUUGUGCAGUGCAAAGAUGCUUUUAGAGGAUUCCUUUUGAUUUCUGACAUAAAAUUUUCAUUGUGGGCCAUUUGUUAGCUCUAUCGAGUUACAGAAACAGCACUCUCUUUUGUACCCACAACUUCAUUCAAUUCUGACUAUGACUCCUGAACUAAUGGUCCAAUAUCUAUUAGACUUUCCUUUGAUCUUAAAAUCUCAAUUAGUCCUUCGGUUUUUUCCUGCUCAUUCUUUUCUUUUCCCUCAUUAUCAGGAUCUAGAAAAUGUAAUAGGAGUACUAAGAACUUUUAAAUUCAAACUAUGUUAUAAUGUUAACAUUGUGAUAUUUCUUGGUGGUCCAUUGACAUGCUACUGAAAAAAUUCCUGGGAUUUAAUACAACACAACAGAACGGAGACAAAUUUUGCUUUAAUGGCUGAGCUGUUCAGGGUCAAGGGAGAACACUAGUAGAUAUUUCUUUCUACUCUUUUUCAACUUAACUCUGCCAUUUCAAGAUUUCAUAGUAUCAUAUCAAGCUCUCUCUGUAUUGGAUGGAUGCCUUAGCUGUGGGAUAGAAGGCUUUUCUUUCAAGUCUUCUUUUCUUUGAUCGCCUAACCAGUUUCACACAGCUUAUAGCUAUCUCUACCAAGAAAAGGUCUUUAGAGAAAAAGAAAAAGCUAGCUCAACCCCCAUUCCCCACACCCCCCCUGUUCUCAUUUUUGUAUAAAAGUAGACUAAAAGCCAUUUUUCUUGGGCUUUGUUCACUCUCACAAAAACAUGACCUAAAAUAUUAACACUCCCCAUUCGGCCAUUCUUCCCCUUUUCCCUCCACUUUUUCCUUUUACCUUUCCCAUUUUUUCUCUUUUUUCCCAUCACAAAAUAAAACAAUCAGUCCAUCACCAUACUCUUAGCUUCUACCUUCUCAUUUUAGAACAUGGCCACAGCUCAAUCAAUUUAUUCUCUUUCGAGAAAAACCAAGCCUUUUCAGCCUUUUUAGCUCAUUUUUCCUUCCAAGAUUACUACUUUAUUGUUUAAUAUCAAAUUCCACGAAAGUUAAAUUCUUUUCAAACGGGAGAUAAACAAGAAUAUCUCCGACAGAAAUACCGUACAGUCCAUUUUAAACCUCAAGAAACUUUCUUAUUCAGAUUCUCUAAAGAAUUUUUGGUUUUGGGUAUUCUUCAAAAUGUCCUCUACACCAGCUGAAGAUCCUCAACAGCAACAGCUACUACCACCGCCCAUGUUUAUGGGCCAGCAAGCUUAUUCGGAUCGUCCGGGUCACGGGUCGGUUGGACCCGUUAUCGCUGUACUAGCGGUGAUAGCUGUACUGGGAGCCAUCGCUGUGAUGAUAGGCAGGUUGUGUUCGGGUCGGAGGAUAAUGGGUCGGGGUCAGUACGACUUUGAAGGGUGGGUUGAAACCAAGUGCGCGUCUUGUAUCGAUGGCCGGGUCGACCCGAUGCCACGACCCCCCGUGACUGUGGCGCCGCCGGUAGUGGUGGCAGAAAGCAGCAGCAGCGGUAGCCAUGAUGGUGCUGCGCCGGCGCCGGAGCCGGUUGAGACGAGAGAAGAAGAGGCAUCUAAUCAACAAAGAAAUUCACAUGAGCAUCAUCCACAUGAAAGAGCCGAGUCUUGAAAUUGCUUUUUCCUUUUUCUUUUUCUUUUUUCACUUUUUCUAUUGGAGGCCUUUUAGAAUUAUGCUUAAUGUUUCGUUUGAUCUGACUAUUUAAUAUUGCAAUUUUUGAAGUUAUAUAAAUAUUGUACUCCAAUUCAUUCUAUAUAUCAAUACCUGGGGUUGAAGAUGAUGUUAA